GAGCUCAAUUUCGUAGACUCCUCCUUUUUAACUGGCUCGUCGCCCGGUGCGGUUGCCGAUCCUUUAAGUUAUUGAAGUCUUAGUGUUCUUCGUCAAUUGAGUUUUCGAAUUUGUUGCAUUUAUUCGAUUUAACUAAAUAAUCCAAAAUGGGUAAAGAAAAGACUCAUAUUAACAUUGUAGUCAUUGGUCACGUAGAUUCUGGUAAAUCUACAACAACCGGCCAUUUGAUUUACAAAUGCGGUGGUAUUGAUAAACGUACCAUCGAAAAAUUCGAAAAAGAAGCCCAGGAAAUGGGUAAAGGCUCCUUCAAGUAUGCUUGGGUAUUGGACAAACUUAAGGCAGAACGUGAACGUGGUAUUACCAUUGACAUUGCCUUAUGGAAAUUCGAGACCGCAAAGUACUAUGUUACCAUUAUUGAUGCCCCUGGACACAGAGAUUUCAUCAAGAACAUGAUUACUGGUACUUCUCAAGCUGAUUGCGCGGUACUCAUUGUCGCAGCUGGUACUGGGGAAUUUGAGGCUGGUAUCUCCAAGAAUGGGCAAACUAGAGAACACGCCUUACUUGCUUUUACUCUUGGAGUAAAACAACUUAUUGUUGGUGUCAACAAAAUGGACUCCACUGAACCACCGUACAGCGAACCUCGUUUUGAGGAAAUUAAAAAGGAAGUUUCUUCGUACAUCAAGAAGAUUGGUUACAAUCCUGCAGCUGUUGCUUUUGUACCCAUUUCUGGUUGGCAUGGGGAUAACAUGUUGGAGCCGUCUACCAAAAUGCCAUGGUUCAAAGGAUGGAACAUUGAACGCAAAGAAGGCAAGGCUGAAGGAAAAACCCUGAUUGAAGCUUUGGAUGCCAUUUUGCCUCCUAGCAGACCUACCGACAAACCUCUUCGUCUUCCCCUUCAGGAUGUCUACAAAAUUGGUGGUAUCGGUACAGUACCAGUUGGUCGUGUUGAAACCGGUGUAUUGAAACCCGGUAUGGUGGUAGUUUUUGCUCCUGCCAACAUCACCACUGAAGUUAAAUCUGUGGAAAUGCACCACGAAGCAUUGCCAGAGGCUGUUCCUGGUGACAAUGUAGGUUUCAACGUCAAGAACGUAUCUGUUAAGGAAUUGCGACGUGGCUACGUUGCUGGAGACUCUAAAAACAGCCCACCCAGGGGAGCCACUGACUUUUUAGCUCAGGUUAUUGUACUCAAUCAUCCCGGACAAAUUUCCAAUGGCUACACUCCAGUACUCGAUUGCCACACUGCUCACAUAGCUUGCAAAUUCGCCGAAAUUAAAGAAAAGGUCGACCGCCGUUCCGGAAAAACCACUGAAGAAAAUCCGAAGGCAAUUAAGUCCGGAGAUGCUGCAAUUGUCACUUUGGUACCCACCAAGCCAAUGUGCGUCGAGUCAUUCCAGGAAUUCCCGCCUCUUGGAAGAUUCGCUGUGCGCGACAUGAGGCAAACCGUCGCGGUCGGUGUAAUCAAACAAGUCAACUUCAAAGAGGGCGGCGCCGGCAAAGUCACGAAAGCCGCUGAAAAAGCAGCUAAGAAGAAGUAGUAGUUGUCCAUCCAUUUCUUACUACUACUUACCUUUUAUAUUUGUUUAUAAGUGAAAUUUUGCAUUUUACCGAAGUUUUAUUUACUAAAAAUGACGUGAUCUGUAUGAUAAAAAUUUUGUUCAGGAAGUUCAGACCAAUAAACAAGUUUCCUAAUUUA